GUGGGCAACAAGCACAGCUUGGGUUGGAAACGGUCCAGUUGCGAUCUCCUUCAAAAAACAAAAAGGCACAAAUACAGGCCGUAGUCAAGGAUAUAUCCUUCUGAUAUCCCAGGUCGCACAAUUCCGAACGAUUGGCUUAUUAGUGAGGGUACUCCAGCUGCCGCGGGCCCUGAGGAAUCCCUGAACAAGCCCCACCACAUCCAAUUUUCCGCUGUGUUUCCAAGACCGGGAGUCUUCAAGACUGCGGCCUCGUUCUUUAGAUCUUGUAACCCAGACCUCGACGGAUUCCUACAUACCAAAGCACUCGACCGCUUUUACGUUCUUAGCAGGAUCCUGUAUACGCCGCCAAGAUGUCCCGCCCUGAGGAUACCCUCGCGGCCGACGUCCACUACAACGAUGCCGAAGCACGCAAGUACACCACCAGCUCUCGUAUCCAAAACAUUCAGGCCUCCAUGACACGACGCGCUCUUGAGCUUCUGAACCUAAAAUCCCCGAGCUUCAUCCUCGACAUUGGCUGCGGCAGUGGCCUGUCCGGUGAGAUCCUCUCGGACGUUCCCGAAGACGAGGGCGGGCCACACGUAUGGGUUGGGAUGGACAUCAGCGCUUCGAUGCUGGACGUGGCUCUACAACGAGAUGUCGAGGGUGACCUGCUGCUUGCCGAUAUCGGGCAGGGUGUCCCCUUCCGGCCCGGAACCUUCGAUGCCGCCAUCAGCAUCAGCGCAAUCCAAUGGCUCUGCAACGCCGAAAACAGCGAGACGUCCCCCGCAGGCCGGCUGACGCGCUUCUUCAAUGGGUUGUAUGCGGCGUUAAAACGGGGCGGCAUGGCCGUCUGCCAAUUCUACCCCAAGAAUGACGUCCAGAAGCAAAUGAUCACGUCGGCCGCUGUCAAGGCCGGCUUCGGUGCCGGUCUUCUUGAGGACGACCCGGAUACCAAGAACGUCAAGGUCUACCUGGUGCUCACGGUGGGCAGCUCGGCCGUUAGCAACAAAGGAGGUGACAUCACGGGUGUUGUCGAGGGCAUGGACAACGUCGACAUUCUGGACAACCGGAAAAAGGCCAAGAGCGGCAAGGGCGAGAUCAAAAAGGGCAGCAAGGCCUGGAUCAUCAAAAAGAAGGAGCAGAUGGAACGAAAAGGCAAGAUCGUCAAGCCGACAUCCAAGUAUACCGGGCGAAAACGGCGGGUUCAAUUCUGA